GAUUUGUACUGAGUAGUUUCAGCAGCUUCAAAUUACUGUUUUGAGUAUUGCUAAAGUUUCAUGGCCAUUUAUUUUUACCUUUAUUAAAACUUUUAGGAGUUUUUGACAUCAGCACUUUUCAUGUCACAAUGGGACAACUUUUCUAAAUGAAGACAUUGAAAGAAUACAGAGUUUUUUUCUUUUUAUCUUUUACUUACGUGGAAAUUUAAGAUGUUGCAGUUUUCCACCAGCAUGGUAAUAUUGAGAUAGCUAUUUGUGUCUUUUUAUGUGCUGCUGUUUAGGAAUACUCUUCAGAUGUGAAAUUUUCUGUUCGUUUCUGCUUUUUGGAUCAUAAGUUGGAUAUUUCAUCUGGAGUGGAUAAGUACAACAGUUACAAGUACAUGGAAUAAUAAAGAAGACUUUGAUCUUAAAUCUGAGGAACUUGGCUAAUUCUGGAGAUAGCCAUAUGAAAACUUUAAAACAGAAGUAUGGGUAGCUGACUUGAAAUAACUCUAUGUCAAAUAGUUAUAGGUUAGUUAAGCAUCUUCAAAGAACUUGGAUAUUUCAGAGGAUACAAAAUAAAAAAAACAAACUGGAAAACAUAAAGAUUACAGAGAAAGAACCAACACCUUCGUGGGCAGUCCUGUUGGAAUUUGGACUUGCCAUGAGGUGUUGAAGCCUUAUUUCACUGACUUGGAGAGACUGGACCUAAAUGGCACAGCAUGACUUUGCUCCAGCCUGGCUUAAUUUUCCUACUCCACCAUCAUCAACAAAGUCAUUAUUGAAUUUUGAGAAGCAUUCUGAAAAUUUUUCAUGGACGGAAAAUCGUUAUGAUGUGAAUCGUCGAAGACACAAUUCUUCAGAUGGCUUUGAUUCUGGUAUUGGAUGUUCUAAUGGAGGUAAUUUUCGAAGGAAAGAAAAAAAUGGAUGGCGUAGGCAUGGCAGAAAUGGUACUGAAAACAUAAAUCAUGGAGGAGGAUACCAUGGUGGAAAUUCCCAUUCUCGUAGCAGUAUUUUCCGUUCUGGAAAAAGCCAAGGUCUACAUGAAAACAACAUACCUGACAAUGAAACCCGAAGGAAAGAAGAUAAAAGAGAAUGGAAACAGUUUGAGGCUGAGGAUUUUCCAUCUUUAAAUCCUGAAUAUGAGAGAGAACCAAAUCAGAAUAAAUCAUUAGCUGCAGGUGUAUGGGGCCUACACGCCCAGACACACACAUACCCAACCAAAAAAAUCUCCCAAGCUCCUCUCUUAGAAUAUCCUCUGAAUCCUAAAUCUAGAGCUCCAAGGAUGCUGGUCAUUAAGAAAGGUAAUACAAAAGACUUACAGCUAUCUGGAUUCCCUGUAGUAGGAAAUCUUCAGUCACAGCCAGUUAAGAAUGGAACUGGUCUGAGUGUUUAUAAAGGCUUAGUGCCUAAAACUGCUGCUCCACCUACAAAACUUACACAGUGGAAAAGCCAAACUAAAGAAAAUAAGGUUGGGACUUCUUUCCCUCAUGAAUCUUCAUAUGGUGUUGGCGACUUUAAUGCUUAAUCAACUGCCAAGAAUUUUAGUCCAUCACCAAAUUCAGUGAAAGAGUGUAAUUGUUCCAAUUCCUCUUCACCUGUUGACAAACUUAAUCAGCAGCCUCCUCUAACCAAACUGACAUGAAUGCGCACUGAUAAGAAGAGUGAAUUUUUGAAAGCAUUGAAAAGGGACAGAGUAGAAGAAGAACAUGAAGAUGAAAGCCAUGCUGUCUCAGAGAAGGAUGAAGACUCAUUUAAUUUGCAUAACAGCAAUAGUACUCACCAAGAAAGGGAUAUAAACAGAAACUUUGAUGAAAAUGAAAUUCCACAAGAGAAUGGCAAUGCCACAGUGAUUUCCCAACAGAUCAUUCAGUCUUCAACCUUUCCACAAACUGAUGUUCUUUCCAGUUCACUUGAGGCAGAACACAGAUUGUUAAAGGAAAUGGGCUGGCAGGAAGACAGUGAAAAUGAUGAAACAUGUGCUCCCUUAACUGAGGAUGAAAUGAGAGAAUUCCAAGUUAUUAGUGAACAGUUGCAGAAGAAUGGUCUGAGAAAAAAUGGUAUUUUGAAAAAUGACCUGAUCUGUGACUUCAAGUUUGGACCCUGGAAAAACAGCACUUUCAAACCCACAAUUGAGAAUGAUGACACAGAGACAAGUAGCAGUGACACAUCAGAUGAUGAUGAUGUGUGAAGGAUUUCCUAACACCUUUAGAAUUUUUAGUGUGAUACAUCUCUCACAGUUUGGGGUGAAUUGUAAAAAUGAAGAACUAUAAUUUAUGUAGUGAAAUACCCCUUUAGAAGAUGGUUUAUUUGGGGGACUUCAAUAUGAAGAAAACCAAGAAUGUUUUGUUGGGAUGGGUUGAACAUUAUUUCUUUGUAAAUGAAUGUUGUAGAAAUGAGGACUUUGGUUGAUCCAACAUUGACUUUCUUCAUCACUGCAGCAUUUCUCUGACUAGCAAUGUGACCAUGUAACAAAUGAGAUUUUC